AUGACAUUACCCGGAUCUCCAUCUCCGAGGUCUGAUUUGGAAAAACAAUAUACUUCAUCUACUAGUAGUUCUAAAGUAGAUAGGAAAGCCACGAAAGAGAUUGCUGUUCCACAGCCUAGUUCGAGUAUCCUCCUCAUUUCUCCCCAAAACCAAAUUCUCCUGCUCCAUCGUAUUCGCACCUCAUCUUCCUUCCCCUCCGCCCACGUUUUCCCAGGCGGAAACCUCGAUCCCUACCAUGAAUCACCUAUCCCCUCACCCUCCUCUCCAUCCCGUCAUGUAGAUUCCGAGAUAUAUCGUCUCGGCGCUAUUCGGGAAUGUUUCGAGGAGAGCGGAAUACUCCUCGCUCUCCCAUCCCCAUCCGCAUCCCCUCAAAAUCCCGAGGAAAAGACCACCAAGAAAGAAUCCCUCCACAUCGACGAAAAAGAAAUUUCGCGCGCGAGAAAGGAAAUCCAUUCCCGGAAAGUCAAAUUCUCAACCUGGCUAGCUCAGCAAGGAGGAAUCCCCGAUAUCGAGUCUCUCCAUCCAUUCACCCGGUGGAUCACCCCUUCUAACCUCCCAAAACGUUUCACUACACAGAUGUAUAUUUAUUUCCUUCCUUUAUCUUCAUCUCCCUCUCCUUCAACCUCAACGGAAGUAGAAAAUAAGAGUGUCCCCACGAUUCAAGAAACAGAAAAAGAACAAGAAACCCACACAAUCCCCACCCACGACGGCGGCAUCGAACACACCGCUGCCGAAUUCGCCUACUGUUCUACAUGGCUAGAGAAAGCCCGAAGCGGAGAAAUUAUUCUCUUCCCCCCACAAUUCUAUUUGAUGGAAUUACUUUCGAAAUUUUUGCUUCCCGCAGAGUCAAAUUCAAAUUCUGCAUUCUCAAUAGAAGAACUCUCCGCGCAAAGAACUCAAGUCCUGCAAUUCCUUCAAGGAGACGGAGGUGAUGCAUCGGGAAUUCUCUGGGGCGAGAAAGUAAUGAGUCCGCUUUCGUUGGGGAUCAAGAAGAAAAAUGGGGAUGGGAGGGUGAUAUUGGGGUUAGAUGGACAAGGACCGGAAUUGGAGGGGGUGGGCAGGAAAGGGGAUGGGAAGAGAGUUGUGCUCGUGAGGUUUGGGAAGGAGGGACCGAGGGAGGUGGAGGUUCGGGAGAGGAGAGAGGUUUUGGAGGAGGAGAGAGGGGGAGAGGCGAAGUUGUGA